UAAGACCAACACAACUACGCGAUGAGUUUGAGUAAACUUUUUGCUGGUAGGAAGAGGAAUAGUUCAGUAUGGAAAUGGUUUAAAUACGAUGCGUCAUCCGACAAAUCAGUAUGUUUAGUUUUACUUGAUGGUGAAAAAGUAUGCAAUACAAAGUUGUGUGGAAAGAACCCAACAAAUCUUAAACUACAUUUAGCAAGAAACCAUAAGUCUGUACACGUUGAGCUGGAAGAGUCGGAAUUAAAGAAAUUAAGUGAAAAAAAGCAAACAGGGAUAAAGAGAAAAGCAGUGGAUGAAAAUGGACCUACUCUUUUAGAAUCGUCCUCAAAUCAGAACCAGACCUUGAUUCAAUGCAUUAAUCGUAGGAAUACCGCAUGGCCUAUUAAUUCACACGAGCAUAAAAUUCGACUAAACUCUCUUAUUCAAAUGAUAAUUGCAACAUGUAAUCCAGUGACAUUGGUGGAUAAUGCGAAUUUUAGAAAGUUAGUUAAUACCUUGGAUUAUAAAUUUUCAUUGCCUGCUUCUGCCAAAAUUACUAGCCUACUUAAUGAAGAAUUUACUGUUUUAACGAGAAAACUUCGUGACUUCAUAUCUGAAGGCAGGCGCUUCACAAUAUGCCUUGAUGGCUGGACUAAAAAAGGUCUUACUGCGUCCUUUUUAGGAAUUUCGGUUUGUUUUUUUCACUUCAAAUCCGAAAAACCAAUACAUGCUCUGCUUAAUUUGUAUCUUGUGAAACAUCCACAUACAGGUGAACAAAUUGCUAAUUGUUUUGAAAAAUGCCUAAAAUAUUGGAGUAUUUCCAGAGAAAAAGUAUUGCUUGUUAUUUCGGACAAUGGAGCAAACAUGGUCAAAGGCAUAAAGUUGUCGAGAAUGAAAGCUCAUGCUGAACGUGAUAUACUUAUUGAAUUAGAAAGUGAGGUUAAUGAAGAGCAGAUAACAGAUCUGGAAGACGAUGAGAAUAUGACAAAUAGUGAAGAGUGGGAACAUGUUGACUUGAUAGUUGAUGUAAUAGAAAACGUAGCAUUUAGAAGAUUGGGAUGCAUUGCACAUGUUAUACAGUUAGUUGUAAAACUUGCAUAUGAUGGUAAAUAUCAUGGCUUACUUUUGAAGGUACGUGGAUUAGUGGGAAAAGUUCGCAAAUCUUCUGUUGCAUUGGAAAAAAUUAUCAACAAAUGUGGUAAGACUGUGAUCAGCGACUGUUCUACAAGAUGGAACAGCACUUACUUUAUGGUUCGGAGAUUUCUGGAAAUAAAGACAUCUAUCAACGAAGUUCUUGGAGACCUUAACAUUGAUUCACUUGCCAAUAGCGAAUGGUUAAUGCUUCAGGAUUUUGUCAAUCUUUUAGAACCUUUUACCAAUGAAACUGAUAUUCUUCAGACGGAUGCACUUUCACUAUCCAGUGUUAUACCUUCAAUACUUAAUUUAGAAUGUCACCUUGAGCAAUUUGGAGAUGCCAAAGAUGUAGCAGUUAAAAUGCUUGAAGAUCUACGCCGUCGUUUUGCCGUUCUUUUGCAGCCAAACGAUCCUAAUUUUAAUCCACUGCCAUGUGCCGCAUGUCUACUUGACCCCACAUGUGCAAUAGCUCUUUUAGGUAAUGAGCAUACACAAAUCAGAAAGUGUGCAAAGAAAUUUUGUCAGAGGCUAAAAAAUGGGUGCAACAUGAUUUACCUUUAG